CUCUUGCCAAAUAGCUCUAACGGUAGACUUGUAACACUUGUGUCUAUCUCAACCGAUUUUCUUGACAAAUAUAUUCUGCGUACUCUGUGCCAUGCCUGAUUCAGCUGGUCUCAAGUACCUUUCACUUAAAUUCUGCGAAAAGUGUUUAAUCCACCACAAAAAUGCCGCAUCCAAAUCCAAGUCAAUGCAUCAGUCACAACAUCACAACAUUUUUGCCUUAGAAGCUUCCGCUUCUGCUGGGUGUACACAAUGCAGCAUCUUCUACAGCCAGUUGCCUGAUGCGGAGAUUCUCAAACUCCGCAAUCAAACUCCGACCCCAGUAGCUGAAAUGUGUGGUCCUACUCUCUAUCAACAACCCAAUCUCUGGCACCAGCUUGAUAUGUCGUAUAUAUAUCUCACCUAUCGAAAGGCUAAUGACUAUGACACUGUGGGUAAAAUCGCUUUCGUGGAAAGCGUCCAAGCAAUUAACGAGUACAAGCAUCGCAUCAAUAGCAAUACCAAUUGUGACGCUUCUUGGUACAUUUCCCACUACUGGCUCAAGAAGUGCGUGGAAAAUCACAGGCCAUGUUCGAAGCGGACGAAGCUACAUAGGCUACCGACGCGUCUGCUUGAUCUUGGGAGAUCGGGAAUUCUCACCGAUAUUCGGCUUUGCGAGUCUGCAAACCUUAGCCAGGAUAUUAAGUACUUCACUUUGAGUCACUGUUGGGGGACGUUGAAGUUCUUGAUGCUCUUGAAGGGCAACAUAAAAGCGUUUCAGAAGUCGAUUCCCAUUCAGGAGCUGAGCAAAACAUUCCAGGAUAGCAUAGUUGUAACAAAGCGACUGGGCUUUCGUUAUCUCUGGAUUGACUCAUUAUGUAUUAUCCAAGACGACGAUGAAGACUGGCAAAAAGAGUCAGCAUUAAUGAGUAUGGUUUACGGGCUAUCAACUUUGAACCUCACAGCGGCGGGAGCUCAAGACGGGAGUGAGGGACUAUUCUUUCAGAGAUCACCGUCUUUAGUAAAGCGACUUGAGUUUUCUGUUCCCCCCGAUACCAAGAAAUCGGAUGAUGAGGUAUUCCAGGGUGUGGAUCUUCAUCUUUACGACCGAUGUAUUACUUGGAGCCCUAUAGCUGCACGAGGCUGGACUUUCCAAGAACAAUAUUUGGCUCCACGUUCUCUGCACUUCGGAAAGUCUCAGCUGUUCUGGCAAUGCAAACAUGGCUAUGCAUGCGAGACAUUCCCGGAUGGCCUCCCUGCUGAGCUUAAUCCGCUCGAGCAAAGUCGCUUUGCGUAUCAUCGAGAGGGAAUUCUUGGCAAAAUUUCCAACCAGCAGAACCAUCUCCGACGGAAUCAUUCAAUCCGAAGUCUUCGUCAAACAGGCUUCUUGAAAGAAUGGCACGAGGUCGUCCAUCAAUAUUCGAAGAGAAAAUUGACUUAUGGAAAAGAUAAGCUGUUGGCCAUUUCUGGCGUUGCUAGGCAUUUACACGAGAAAUUUGGUCAUGAGUACGUUGCUGGAUUAUGGAAACCGGAAUUGGAAUGGCAAUUGAUGUGGAGUGUCAAUUCUUUUGCAGGCCUACGCUCUGUUUUAUAUAGAGCGCCAUCCUGGUCAUGGGCUUCUGUAGAUGGCGAAAUUAUUCUGGGUUCCGACGACGAUGAUAUCAUCUGGCAGACUUGUCUCGAAAUCCUCGACACUUGCAUUUUCCCUGUAGCUACGGAUCCCUUUGGCCAAUUAAGAGAUGGUCACCUACAAGUAAGAGGCAGAAAGAUGACAUAUGGUAAGCACAUGGGGAGAAAUGGAUUGACCUUGAUUAUGGGAGAACGGUCGGUUGAAAUCGAGUGCGAGGUCAAAAUGGACGCCUACUUCGAAGCGCUAAGUACAUUCUACUGUCUCUUAGUAUAUGAUGGCACACCCAUGUUAUCAGGCCGUUGGUUACGAGGUUUGAUAUUGCAAGCAUGCGAUAGUCGACCGGGAUAUUUUAGUCGUCGUGGCAUGUUCAAGAUAUCACCAGGGAACUCAGAAGGGUUCAAAUCCACUAUCGGAGCACCUGUGGUUGAUAGUAUAAGAACAGACUUUGGCAAGUUCGACGGGGUUGAUGAGUUUCAAAAUGACCAAUUCAUCAUUACUCUAGUCUAAUCACUCAUUCUUAAACGACGCCUAUAUGAUCAUUUCUCAUUCGUUGACUAGCUAGGCGUAAAAUACUUGAACGGAAUUUUGGUUAGCACUUACAAAGGCGCUAGUGGCAGCUUAAGAGGCCGUGUAAGAAUUGAG